AGCUCCAGGGAAAAACUCGCAGCUCCUCACUCUAGUGUGAGAAGGCGAGAAAAGCGCAGGGUGAAAAAAAACUUUGCUCUCAAACACAUCAGCCAUUGCAUUUCUGUUUCAAAAAAAAAAAACAAAAAAAAAAAAAAAGAAAAGAAAAGAGAGAAAGAAAGAAAGCCAGGAGAAGACGAACCUUAAAUCUGGAUUAUGCACCUGGGAGAAGAGCAGAGCCGUGCGCCUGAUCCGAGACUGUAUUUUUAAUUUGUGCGCUACAGUUCCGAGCCGAGUUUCCGGAUAUCAGCCUACUGUUUUGGGAAGAUUUGCUCUGCAUCUGUUGGGAUCCUCUCCUUUAUUUGGGAUAAGUUGCACCCUAAUUCAUUCAUCUUCAUAAACCCUGCAGCCUCAACUAGAACAUGGACACACAUAGAUAACAAGGUUGAAGUCUUCGCUUGCAGAGAGAAGUUGAGCUCUGCGCUCGAGUUCAACAGGGCCACUUCCUGAUGAUGACAGUAAACAUGAAUGACGGUCUCCAAAAUGGACCUGGACAGCACAGGAACUCACAAGAUGACGAGGAGGCGCUUAACUCCAUCAUGAAGGACUUGGCAGCUCUGGGACGCUGCUACACCCAGAACAACAGCCACAAGCCCAAGAACAGAACCCUGCUGUACAAACAGGAUUUAAGAGUCAAGCUGGAGCAUGAGAGAGAAAAACGAAUUAUCCCAUUUCAGAGGCCGCUGAAGAUCAAGGAGCUGCUGCAGAAAGUGACAGAGGCUUUUGGCCAGCAGAUGGACAUGUUCUAUAUGGAGAAAGAGUUGCUGCUGCCCCUGAAGACACAGGAGGACCUGGACCAGGCGGUGCUGACGUUAGGCUGUGGCGUGGGGACCAAUGGACUUCUCCGGAUACUCCUUAAGACCCCCAAGAACAAUCAUUACCUACAGGUGAACAGCAGGGACAAACAGAGCGAGAUGAGGUCAUCACGGUCACUGGGAGAUCUGAAAGGCUCCCUGCUCAAGGGCUCGGAGAGGGUCCGCAAACACUCAACAGGUUCCCUACACACAGGCAGGACGUCCCCACCUCCAGGCAGCGUCCCUGAGGAGCAGCAGCAAAUCGCCCGCCAGGGCUCCUACACCAGCAUACACAGCGAAGGGGAGUUCAUUCCAGAGACCCAGGACCAGAACAUGUUGGAUCCUUUUGGGAGUGCAGACAACUCACUGUCGAGCAGCUGUCAAUCAAUAGAUCAAGCACUGGACAGCCCUCCUUUCUCACAGAACAACCGUGACAAUAAUUACCUGAACCUCAACUAUGAAUACAAAGGUCGCCAUGGGAAAGGAGGGACUUUUCCUCGCCAGUUCCAGUUGCCCAACCGCAGCAAGGAUUAUGGAGACCGUCGCAGGACACUUCCACGAAGCUUCAUGCCUCAGGAGAACUUGUUCCAGCUGGUUCCUUCUAGUCGUACACGGAGUUACAACGGUGACAGUACGCUUCAGUACAGCGACCUGCGCUCACUGGGCCGCACCACUGACAAAAGCUGCCAGCGGGGAACGACCAAAUCGCCACGGGCGCCAGUGAACUGGCGACAAGGAAAGCUGUUGGGUCGAGGGGCUUUUGGGGAGGUCUACCUCUGCUAUGAUGCCGAUACGGGCCGCGAGCUGGCCGCCAAGCAGGUGCCCUUUGAUCCAGACUGUCAAGAAACCAGCAAGGAGGUGAAUGCUCUGGAGUGUGAGAUUCAGCUGCUGAAGAAUCUACGUCACGAUCGGAUUGUUCAAUACUACGGCUGUCUUCGGGACCUGGAACAGAAGAAACUCACCAUUUUUGUUGAAUUUAUGCCUGGGGGCUCAAUAAAGGACCAGCUGAAGGCCUACGGGGCUCUUACAGAGAAGGUGACAAGAAGAUACACCAGACAGAUCCUCCAAGGAGUCUCCUACCUGCACAGCAACAUGAUUGUACACAGAGACAUCAAAGGUGCUAACAUCCUGAGGGACUCCUCGGGGAAUGUGAAGCUGGGAGACUUUGGAGCCAGCAAACGGAUCCAGACCAUCUGCAUGUCUGGUACCGGGAUCAAAUCUGUCACUGGCACCCCCUACUGGAUGAGCCCAGAAGUCAUCAAUGGGGAGGGCUACGGCCGGAAAGCUGAUGUAUGGAGUGUUGCCUGCACUGUUGUGGAAAUGCUGACUCAGAAGCCACCUUGGGCUGAGUAUGAGGCCAUGGCAGCCAUUUUCAAGAUUGCAACGCAACCUACAAAGCCCAUGCUUCCAGAGGGUGUGUCGGAUGCAUGCAGGGACUUCCUGCGCCAGGUGUUUGUAGAGGAGAAGUGGCGGCCCACAGCAGAUGUUCUGCUUAGCCACCCGUUCGUCCAGGGCAGCUUCUGAGACCUUUGGACCCCCAUCCCCUCCCCUGCCUGUGAGGCCUCCAUGUGUGGCCCCAGCGUAUCCCCUCCUCUCCGGCCCGCCCCGUCCUCAGGGCCCUCCGUCACCAGGCUCCAGGGCUCCGUACCACUCCAGCUUCAUGCCCUGUCAUCCAUCACCAGUGUCUGCCUUGUCAGGACUGAAGUCCCUGCAUCUGUCACCAACUAGCUCAACCCGGAUUAUUCCCUGAGAGGCCAGGUUGACUGCUGUCAGACCUCCAGAGUCCUCCAAGGCAUCACAGCGUGUUCCCUCAGGAGGGGACUGACAAGAAAGCACAGUCUGCCAAGCAACAGGCUGCUGUUUUUUUUCCAAGAGCAGAAAAGUGACCCAAGUUAGAGAAGUGAUGUUUCGAGCUGUCUGGGCCUCACUUUACACUCAUCUUCUGCUGCAAAAUAGUGUCCAGUAUUGGCCCGGCACUAUGUAAUCAUGAUUGACUGGUGACAUUGAUCACAUCUGAUAGUACUGUAAGUUACUCAUCAGCGUGAGUUUGCUAUGAGUAAAACUGAGAAGGUAAAAUAUUUUUAUACAACAGUCAAUAACACGUACAAAGACAUCUUAGCAGAUGGGUUUUUAUUGUCACCUACAAAAUGUAAAUGUAUUUUUGUCAACGCCUUACAAUAAGAAUUUGUAAGUAAGAAUGUCUUUUUUAAACAUCUAAGAGGGUUACCAGUACCCUACUUUCACAGCAUUCACAACCCCAUUUAGAAGGAUUGUCAACGUUGCACUUUUGAUAUCAUGCAUUUGAAACAUUUCCAACAUGCAGGAUAAUCAACUGAGAAGAUAUUUUUCUAUUUGAUGCUUUUUUUAUAAUUUCAUAAGGAGAAUUGUGUUGUUUUAUUCAAUGUCUAGGAAAAAAAAGAACCAAACUUUUGCAUUAGUGUGCAAUGUUUUUAAAGCAAUACCAACAAUAUUGUUGGAAUCAUCCAUUCCAGCUUCCCAUGCAGUGAGUUUUCUGCCAUUCAGAAGUGGCCAAAGAGAUAUUUAAAGGAGAAUGAAAAAGAUGCACAGACAGAAACUUUUGACACCUUUGGGCUAAGUAAAUGUACAGUAUUAAUCAUGUCGGAUUUUCUUUGUCACCUCAGAGUCCUAUAUCCUCAUCUAUUAUAUGGCAGCUUUGUGCACAGUAGACGGCACAGACCAAAUAAGAUGCAUUGACAUCACGUUGCGUUGCAGAAAAGCAUCACCAAUAAUGUUUAAUUGAAGUGUCCCGUAUCAUAUAUCCAUUCAUAUUGGUUAUUUCAAUAUGAAUCCAUUCAAUGUCUUUUCUUUCCACAUCAUAUGAAAUGAAUGGUCCACUGAAUGACCACUUGAUGGCACACUUCAUUCCGUGUAAUGUCAUGUAAGAUUAGAGGGAUAAAAGAAGCCAAAAUGUCAGGUUGAAAAGUUGGAGGUAAAUGCUGUAUUUUGUAAAGUGGAGAUGGACGUGAAAGGUUUUACAGGAAAACUGGGAAGAUUGGUGCUGGAGAAGUAGUGGCGAGCUGUAAUACAGUGGCACUUAAAAAAAAAAGAAUGAUCAAAUCGUUUAUGACCCUUGUCAGUGCCUUACCUGAAUCUGCUUGUAAACAAAAUGUUCACUGCCAAAGCGGAAAGCUUCUUGAUAAGGUGAGCAGCUGUUCAGUAGUGAGCACACAGGAUUUGCUCUAGUUCUUUUAUAUGGAAAAAAAAAAACAAUAUACUGUAAAUACAUAUCGUUCUGCACUUUUGUAUGAAAACUUUACAUUAUAAACAAAUCUAUUUGAUGAAAUAGUUACAUAAUACAGUAGAUUGUACUGUGAUUUAGACAGGACUAUGUAUGAUUGUCUCUUGGAGAGCUGUUAGGCGGUAUGAAAAGGCUGGGAGGCUUUCGAUUGGGACAGUUUUCUUUUGUCUUAAUGACAAAGCCUUGAAACAUGAAAUGUAUCUGAUCUUUUGUACAUUUAACUUAAUAAAGCAAAAAUGUAAGACU